AUGGCGGGCCGGCGGGCCGGGGCCGGGGCCGGGGCCGGGGCCGGGGCCGGGGCGCUGCUGGCGCUGCUGGCGCUUCGGGCGCUCGGGGCCGCGGCGCACCCGCAGUGCCUGGACUUCAGGCCGCCCUUCCGGCCGCCGCAGCCGCUGCGCUUCUGCUCCCAGUACUCGGCCUUCGGCUGCUGCACUCCCGAGCAGGACGCGGCGCUGGCCCGGCGCUUCGGGGCCGUGGCGGCGCGCGUGGACGCCGCGAUGUGGGCCGAGUGCGCCGGCUACGCGCUCGACUUGCUGUGCCAGGAAUGCUCGCCCUACGCGGCCCACCUUUACGACGCAGAGGACCCGUCCACGCCCCUGCGGACGGUGCCCGGGCUCUGCGAGGACUACUGCCUGGACAUGUGGCAGACGUGCCGGGGCCUCUUCCGGCACCUGUCUCCGGACCGCGAGCUCUGGGCGCUGGAGGGCAACCGCGCCAAGCUCUGCCGCUCUCUGUCCCUGGACGACACCGACUACUGCUUCCCGCGCCUGCUGGUCAACGAGAACCUCACCUCCAACCUGGGCCGCGUGGUGGCUGACGCCGAGGGCUGCCUGCAGCUGUGCCUGGAGGAGGUGGCCAACGGGCUGCGCAACCCGGUGGCCAUGGUCCACGCCCGGGACGGCACCCACCGCUUCUUCGUGGCCGAGCAGCUGGGGCUGGUGUGGGUCUACCUGCCCGACCGCUCGCGGCUGGAGAAGCCCUUCCUGAACAUCAGCCGCGCCGUGCUCACCUCGCCCUGGGAGGGCGACGAGCGGGGCUUCCUGGGCCUGGCCUUCCACCCCCGCUUCCGGCACAACGGCAAGCUCUACGUCUACUACUCGGUGGGCGUCGGCUUUGACGAGUGGGUCCGCAUCAGCGAGUUCAGGGUCUCGGAGGAUGACGUCAACGCUGUGGACCACGACUCCGAGAGGAUAAUCCUGGAAAUCGAAGAACCAGCCUCGAACCAUAAUGGAGGCCAGCUGCUCUUUGGGGAUGAUGGGUACCUCUACACCUUUACCGGAGAUGGCGGGAUGGCUGGAGACCCCUUUGGGAAGUUUGGAAACGCCCAAAACAAAUCGGCGCUGCUGGGCAAGGUGCUGCGCAUCGACGUGGACCGCAACGAGCGCGGCCCGCUCUACCGCAUCCCGCCCGACAACCCGUUCGUGGGCGACCCCGCCGCGCGGCCGGAGGUCUACGCCUUCGGGGUACGCAACAUGUGGCGCUGCUCCUUCGACCGCGGCGACCCGGCGACGGGCGAGGGCCGCGGGCGCCUCUUCUGCGGCGACGUGGGCCAGAACAAGUUCGAGGAGGUGGAUCUGGUGGAGCGCGGCCGCAACUAUGGCUGGCGCGCCCGCGAGGGCUACGAGUGCUAUGACCGCAAGCUGUGCGCCAACGCCUCCCUCGAUGACGUGCUGCCGAUUUUCGCCUACCCGCACAAACUGGGCAAGUCGGUGACUGGGGGCUACGUGUACCGGGGCUGCGAGUACCCCAACCUGAACGGCCUCUACAUUUUUGGAGACUUCAUGAGCGGGCGACUGAUGUCCCUUCGGGAGAACCCAGAGACAGGUCAGUGGCGGUACAGCGAGAUCUGCAUGGGCCGAGGCCAGACCUGCGCGUUCCCAGGCCUCAUCAACAACUACUACCCACACAUCAUCUCCUUCGCCGAGGAUGAGGCUGGGGAGCUGUACUUCAUGUCAACAGGCAUGCCAAGUGCCACUGUGGCGCGUGGGGUGGUCUACAAGAUGAUCGACCCUUCCAGACGGGCACCACCAGGCAAGUGUCAGAUCCAGCCCUCCCGGGUGAAGGUCAGGAGCCGCCUCAUCCACUUCGUGCCCAAAGAAAAGUUCAUCCGGAGGACAGAGAGCAUCCCACGGCCCACCAAGGCUCCCCGCCGCAGCCGCCCCACGGCCGCUCCGCCAGCACCCACCCCGCGGCCCUCACGGCCCACCCCGCGGCCCGGGCGCCGUCGGGGCAGCGGGCGGCGGCGGGGACGACCCGGCACAGCCGAUCCCGAGCCCUCAAACGGCGCAGUGCGCCUGGUGCGGCCGGCGGGCCUCAGCCCGGGCCGCGGGCGCGUGGAGGUGUUCGCGGGGGGACGCUGGGGCACCGUGUGCGAUGACGCCUGGGACACCAAGGCGGCGGCCGUCGUGUGCCGCCAGCUAGGCUUCCUGUACGCUGCGCGGGCCGCCAAGCGCGCCGAGUUCGGCGAGGGCCGCGGGCUGCCCAUCCUGCUGGACGACGUGCGCUGCACGGGCAGCGAGCGCAACCUGCUGGAGUGUGCGCACGCCGGCCUGGGCUCGCACAACUGCGGCCACCAGGAAGAUGCCGGCGUCGUGUGCAGCCGCGAGGACCCCGAUCUGUAGGCGAGCAUUGUCCGGCCGGAGCCGGGGAGGCCCCUCCACCCAGGGCGCGCGCCUAGUGCGUGCGCUGGGGUCCGAGGGUGGAGCGGAACGUGGGGCGGGUGCCUGGGGUGACCCAUCUGCAAUGCUGUCGGGUGGAUGCGUGGGAGGCGUGUGCUGUGCGCACGUGUUCUCUGUGUGUUUCUGCCCCUGCGUCUACCCGGAAGCGGCAGAGUGUGUGGUGGGGGGUCGGUAUGGUCCCUGUGGGCGCCGUGGUUCUGGGUAGAAGUAUUCUUCCUUCCAAGCAUCUCAAGCAGCAGGCCAGGAGCACAGCCCUGAGCACCGAGGGCAGCUGCCCUUCAAGGGUGGACCUGACCACUGGCGGCAUUAACAGAGGUCCGCCGGUGGAAGGAGGGAGGAGACCAGGACUGCCCUGCUCAGCUGGGGAGUGGAAGACCUGCCAGCCAGCUGGAUCAUGGCCUGAGAAAUGUGACCCGAAGGAUGUGGACCGGCGGCCUGGCAGUCAGAGUUGUGGAGGAGAGCCUGAAGGCAUCUAGUGGGACCAGGGAAGGCAUCAGAGGGGUGGGUCUGGGGUGACCCGUGGGUGACGGGAGUCAGGCUGCCCUGGGGAGGGCAGGCAGGGGGCACUAGGUGACUGCUGGGAGAAGCCUCCCAGGCCCAGCCAGUCCAGGCAUCAUGGUCGCUGGUGAGGUUUCAGGUCUCUCCGCUGUCAAGCCUGUGCCGGGACCACCUCUUUCAUCUGCAUCCCCACCCCAGCCCCUCAGUGAAAUCCCAGGGAACCUUCUGCUUCCUCCGGUCCCGCUCCAGGGGCUGGCCAGGCUAUGGGCCCAGCGAAACUACUGAUGCUCUGUCACCCAGGGCUGUGCCAACAGCGUGACUGUUUAC